AGAGAAUAUUCAAACACGUAGCUCACUAAUUUUCUUGCAAAAUCAAAACCGGAAAAUUCAACAACGCCGCCAAAACCACCGUAAAACGACGUCAAAUUGAGCAAUCAUCAAGCAAACGCCGUCGUUUACCGCCUUUAUUCUGCGUUUUAAACUCAGAAACAUUCCAUUUUUAUUUUAUUCCUCAAAAAAAUCUCAUCGAGGAGAGAGAAAAUGGCGGCAUUUCUCUCUCUUCCUUCAACUUCUGCAACAACCUUUGUAAAAUCAUCUAGAAUCUCUGGAAAUUCCGCGAUUUUCAGCUCCUUAGUUCCUUUACGCAGAUUUAAUUCUCUCAAUUCCACUCGUCUUUCUUCUCGUCGAUUAAUUUCUAGCAAUUUUUCCAAAUUCCACAUCCAAGCUACAAUUUUGCAAGAUGAUGAGGAGAAAGUAGAAGUAGAGGAGUCCUUUCUACCAAAGACCUUAGCAGAUAAUGAAGAGAAGGGAAACAGUGAGGCAAUGCCGUUGAAAGAUUCAACACCCAAUGGUUUUGAGAGAUGGAUCAUCAAGUUAGAACAGUCUAUUAAUAUCACCCUCACGGACUCAGUGAUAAAGAUACUUGAUACUUUAUAUCGUGACAGAAAUUAUGCAAGGUUCUUUGUCCUGGAAACUGUUGCAAGAGUUCCGUAUUUCGCAUUUAUAUCUGUGCUACAUCUGUAUGAAAGCUUUGGUUGGUGGAGAAGAGCUGAUUACUUGAAAGUCCAUUUUGCUGAGAGCUGGAAUGAAAUGCACCAUCUUCUGAUCAUGGAGGAAUUGGGGGGAAAUGCUUGGUGGUUUGACCGUUUUCUUGCUCAGCAUAUCGCUGUCUUUUAUUACUUUAUGACGGUUGGCAUGUAUAUUAUCAGUCCGAGAAUGGCUUAUCAUUUCUCUGAAUGUGUCGAGAAUCAUGCAUUUGAAACUUAUGACAAGUUUAUCAAGGUCCAAGGAGAUGAAUUGAAGAAGUUACCUGCGCCGGAUGUGGCUGUGAAGUACUAUACUGGAGGUGACUUGUACUUGUUUGAUGAAUUUCAAACCUCCAGAGUUCCCUGUUCUCGAAGACCAAAAAUUGAAAACUUGUAUGAUGUGUUCCUAAAUAUCAGAGAUGACGAAGCUGAACAUUGUAAGACAAUGAAGGCUUGUCAAACUCAUGGGAACCUCCGCUCUCCUCACUCUAUAGAAGGUAUUGAUGAUUCUGGAUGUGUUUUGUCUCAAGAUUGUGAAGGCCUAGUAGAUUGUAUAAAGAAAUCAGUUACAACUUCUCCUGCGAAGAGUAAGUAAAAUAUUACACAGGAUAAUAUACAUGUAUAACAGCACUUAUCACAAUGAUAGAAAAUUUGCCACUGAAAUCAUUUAAUGCAAUAAAAAGGUUUUUUUAUGGAA